CUCUACCUCGGCCUGACCCGUCCUGACCCCUCCCUUCCCCCGUCCCCUCAUCUUCUCACCCCAAGUCCCCAACCUUCUCGGACCUGCCGCCCCUUUUCCGUCUCCCGAGCCCCGAGCCCCUCCCGGCCUCAUCAACCUCGGACCCGGGGACCCGCGCCAGAACCAGGGUUGGGCCGGGUCCCGGGUCUCAGCCCCUCCCCGCCCCCAGGCUCCCACUCCAUGAGGUAUUUCAACACCGCCGUGUCCCGGCCCGGCCGCGGGGAGCCCCGCUUCAUCUCCGUCGGCUGCGUGGACGACACGCAGUUCGUGCGGUUCGACAGCGACGAUGCGAUUCCGAGGAUGGAGCCGCGGGCGCCGUGGGGGGAGUUGGAGGGGCCGGAGUAUUGGGAGCGGGAGACGCGGAGCGUCAAGGGCCACGCACAGACUUUCCGAGUGAACCUGAACAACCUGCGCGGCUACUACAACCAGAGCGAGGCCGGGUCUCACACCAUUCAGUGGAUGUCUGGCUGCUACGUGGGGCCGGACGGGCUCCUCCUCCGCGGGUACAGUCAGUUCGCCUACGACGGCGCCGAUUACAUCGCCCUGUGCGAGGACCUGCGCUCCUGGACUGCGGCGGACGCGGCGGCUCAGAUCACCCGGCGCAAGGGGGAGGCGGACGGUGAGGCGGAGAAAGGAAGGAACUAUCUGGAGGGCCCGUGCGUGGAGUGGCUCCUCAGAUACCUGGAGAACGGGAAGGAGACGCUGCAGCGCGCGGGUGCGAGGGGCCGCGGGGCCUCCCGAUCUCCCCUCGGGUUGGGGGCGUCAGACAAAGAGAAAAGGAAAAUGGGAUCACCGUCAGAAUACUGUCUCUCAGGAGGGGGAGGAAUCCACUCAGGUUUUCAUAUUUUGUGAUAGUGACUUGCACAGAGGGCCUGCCGUUGUUCUCUAAAGGACACUUAGGGAAUCCAGUUUCUUCAGGGGUCGAAGGUGAGACCAUGCCUGAAAUUGCUCAUCAUUGGUCCCCUUUGACCCUGUCAGCGAGAUCUUAUGAACCAUGAUUUCUCAGGGUUUGUUCUCGGCCUGAAAACAUCUUUGCAGGCCUGACCCUAGCUUUUCUGAGUCGUUCA